AUGGGGCACCUAGGAUUCUGCAUAUCUCAAAGCCAAACUACUCUGAAGACUCCAUGGGAUAUUCAGGUCUAUGUUGUAAAUACAAAUUUCACUCUAAGGUGGAACUACACUGGGAAUGAUAGCAAUGUGGCAUUUUCAGCAGAAUACCGGUGGUCUGAAGAUUUUGAGACAGUGGAAACAGAAUGGAAUGAGUUGCCUGGGUGUCAAAAUGUUACUGGCACGGAAUGUGACUUUUCCUCAGCAGUAACUGAAUACUACGAUAUGCAUCACGUGCGUGUGAGGGCUGAAAGAAGGAAAGAAGUGUCUCCAUGGUCUGACAUUUUUGAAAUGAUUCCAUACUUUAUAGCUCAGAUUGGUCCCCCAGGAAUAGAGUUGCAGUCUACAAAUGGAAUCAUAAAAAUUAAGGUUUCCCCUCCAGAAGCAAAUGCAGUCCGAAAAAUGUGGAUAGCUCAUCUACGUUUUAAAUAUAAUCUGGUCCUGUGGGAAAAUUCGUCAAAUGCAGAGUUCAGAAGUCUAAGUAUUUUUCCUACUCAUGUCAUUGACGAUCUUGCACCAGACACUACCUAUUGUAUGAAAGUUCAAGCAACUCUUCCUUUGGACUUUAAAGAAGGCUUAUUCAGUCCCGUUCGUUGUAUAAAAACUACGCGUAAAGUGAAUGACCUACUCUGUGCGACAAAUGUGAGCAUUCUUGCUUCGAAUAUGAAAUUUCAUCUGCAUUGGAAUAAUCCAUAUAAACAGCAUGUGAGCUACAACGUACAGUAUCUCAUUGGAUAUCUGAAGAAGCUUCACGAUGAUUAUUCACCAAAGUGGCUCAACGUACAUGGGUGUGAAAACAUCACUGUCACACAAUGCAAUUUCUCAUCUAUCAUCACUACUACUGGAUUUUAUUAUCUCCGUGUCCAGGCCAUGAGUGAAUCUAAUAGAUCAUGUUUGUCUAAUGAAGUAAAAGUAAAUCCUCUGAUAACAAAUGAAAUUGGCCCUCCUGGUAUAAAGGUGGACAUCAGUGAUGUUUUGCUCCAUAUCCAGAUUUCUCCUCCAGGAGGAUCUGAGAGUGAAGUUAUGAGGGACCAUUAUGAUUUGUCUUACCGGAUUCUGUAUUGGAAGAAUUCCUCGAAUAAUGAGGAGGAUAUCAAAAUGAAAGAGGUAAAGCAGACAAUAGCGACAAUCUCUGACCUAACACCUUCGACUUUGUACUGUGUAAAAGUUCAAGCAUUCUCACAAAUUUACAACAAAAGCAGUGAUUACAGCAAAGAGGAAUGCAUCCAAACACCUGGAGAUAAAAUUUUACCUCUGAUCAUUUUAGCAACAUUUGUAACUGCCCUGAUUGUCGUCUUGCUUGUGGCUACUCUGCUUGUUUUUGCCCUGUAUCAAGCCUACAAUAAGAUCAAAUAUGUGUUCUUUCCAUCAUGCCACCCUCCUUUGAACAUAGAGGGUUUUGCAGGACAGCCCUUUAUCAGGCCUUAUCUGUCAACUACAGAAGAACCAACAGAAAUUUGUUCUAUAAUUGAGACUGUCCUCACAGAAGUGAAUCACAUUGAUUUUAAAGACUACAAACAUUCUAAACAGAGCAGUCGAGAUUCAGGAAAUUAUUCUAACGAUGACGAUACUUCAGGGAGCAAGGCAUCAGAAGAAAAGGAGAUAGUAUAA